AUGUCUUUUCAAGUGGGUUCCACUUCUUCUACGGAAAUUGUUAGAAGACCAUGUCCGCGCUGUCCCCACCGACUUUCGGACUUCUGGACUCAUGUUUUUGUCCCCAAGUCUCACCCCGCCGAUGCCCACAAUAAAACGGAACAGAAUUCGAACUCUCUCGCCAUACAGUCCACCAAAUCCGCGGCAGAUGAUAAUUAUAUUGUGGACAACGCAAACCCAAACUAUGACAACAAGCCAAGAGCAACACUCCUCCAAGCAGAUAUACCGCCCCAGAAGCGCGUGGGCGAUACAGUUGCCCGCAUUCAUACCAAGCCCGUCAUGAAAGAUAAGGUGUCUCCGAGUAGCCUCGAGAGAGGUAAUCAGGAUGAGGCCAAGAAAAACCGCGAUGACGGGUAUGAGAAGGCUUGGGCCAUGUCAAAUAUUACUGGCGCUCCUACACCUCAUAAUUCACCAAGACUCCAGACGAUCAAAGCCUCCAUCGAAAACACAGACGAAGAUAUAGAUCAUUUUGAGAUCUAG